AUGAGUCAACCCUUGAGGAGAGGCGUGGGGACUCUCUCAUGCACCCGAGUCCUCCCUCCACGAGCGCGACCCGGAGCGUCUUCAUUGCACCGCGCAUGGCAAACAAGAUGCCUUCAGAUUCGCGCUACUCCUGCGGAACAGCCUGCGUCAGGCAAUGGUGAUCACCUUCCCUUUGCCGGCUCUCCGAGCUCGGCUGAAUCAACUGACGCCCGGUUCGAUGUCAUCGGAGCCCCGUACUCCCUCUUGUCAGUUUCACUUUCCGCCUCGCAGAACCUGUACACGCGACGAGGGACUUUGGUGGGAUUAAGUGGGAAGGCAGAUAAUGUAGUUUCGACAUUGAGUAUUUUGGAGCCCUUUCGACGAGCAGCCGUUGGAAUACCUUUUCUGUACCAGAAAGUGUCCUCGGCUACGCCGGUAACUGCCCUGGUUUCCGUUCGGUCUCCAGUUACAUCUUUUGCGGUUGUUCACCUCAACGGCUCCGUGGACUGGAUGGUAGCCCAGAGACAAGCACUGCUCGCCUGGACAGGACGUUCUCUCUCUGUCCGGCCGACAGUCAACAGAAGCCUGAGCUUGGCUCACUGGGGUAGUUCUGAGGUCACUGGCAGAGGACUGUUGGCACUAGUUGGUACCGGUCAGUUAUAUUCGAUUGAGCUUAAAGCCGGAGAACAGUACAUUGUACACCCAAGUAAUGUCGUGGCGUACACUAUCUCCUCCAACCCCCCUCGUCCCUACCGCUUCAAAUCUACGACCUUGAAAUUCCAAGUACCCGGCCUCAAGAGUCUUCCGAAAUUCGUCCAGGAUUCCAAAUUCAUCCGGGAUAUGUCGGAUUCGAACACGUGGAAAACAACGAUGAGGAUAUUGCACAAGAUCCGGACUUGGUCUCGGAUGACCAUUUGGGGGGACAGACUCUUCCUGCAAUUUGACGGCCCUACCACUAUCAUACUACAAACCAGAGGCCCUCGUAUCAACGAGGUCCUGACCUCACAGGAAGUAAACGAGAUUGCAGACUCACCCAGGGGACUAACCACCGGCCCUGCACGACCGACUGAAAAGCAACAGCCAUUCGCAGAUGAAGAAUUCAGACAGACAGCCGAGGAAGCUCUCCAUGCUGCGCCUGCUCCUUCGAGGACGAUAGAAGAACUAGAAAUGGAACUCAAAGGGACAAGUCAAAGUAUUGCCAAACUUACCAAGGAUGGGCAAGUGGUCUUUGAGAAGGCAGGACAGAAGAACUAA